GAGAGGGACCUGCAGCGGGAGCGGCUGGGAAACAGGAUGUGUGACCGCAGCGGCGGGCGGCGCCUGCGGCAGUGGCUCAUCGAGCAGAUCGACAGCGAGCUCUACCCGGGGCUGGUCUGGGAGAACGAGCACAAGUCCAUGUUCCGCAUCCCCUGGAAGCACGCCGGCAAGCAGGACUACAACCAGGAGGUGGAUGCUUCUAUUUUCAAGGCCUGGGCUGUUUUCAAAGGCAAGUUCAAGGAAGGUGACAAAGCUGAGCCGGCCACGUGGAAGACGCGGCUCCGCUGCGCCCUGAACAAGAGCCCUGACUUUGAGGAGGUGACAGACAGGUCCCAGCUGGACAUCUCUGAGCCCUACAAGGUUUACAGGAUCGUGCCAGAGGAGGAGCAGAAGUGCAAGGCAGGGAUUGCCAGUGGGAGCAGCCUGAAUGAUGUCACAGAGAUGGACUGCAGCUCCUCUGCCAUCGAUGACCUCAUCAAAGAGCCCUCCUGUGUGGAUGAAUACCUGGGGAUCAUCAAGAGGAGCCCCUCACCCCCCCAGGAGACCUGCAGGAACCCCCCCAUCCCCGACUGGUGGGUGCAGCAGCCCAGCCCUGCAUUGCCCCUGAUGAAUGGAUACUCCAGCUAUGAGCAGUACCACUCAGGUUAUUCCCAGAUGGUGAUCAGCUUCUACUACAGCGGGAGGCUGGUGGGCCACGUCAGCACCUCGUGCUCUGAGGGCUGCAGGAUCUCCCUGGGGCAGCCCUCGGGCCAGGGGGAGAAGCUGUGUGCCCCCGACGCCCUGGAGCUCGUGCGCUUCCCCUCGGCCGACGCCGUCCCCACCGAGCGCCAGAGGCACAUCACCAGGAAGCUCUUUGGCCACCUGGACAAGGGUGUCCUCCUGCACAGCAACAAGCAGGGCAUCUUCAUCAAGAGGCUGUGCCAGGGCAGGGUCUUCUGGAGUGGCAACACCAUGGCCUACAAGGACAGACCCAACAAACUGGACCGGGAGGAUGUGGUGAAGAUCUUUGACACCAAUUUGUUCUUCAGAGAGCUGCAGCAGUACUACAACAACCAGGGCCGCUUCCCAGACAGCAGAGUGAUGCUGUGCUUCGGGGAGGAGUUCCCAGAUGCUGUGCCACUGAGGUGCAAACUCAUCCUUGUCCAGGUGGAGCAGCUGUACCUGAGGCAGGUGGUGGACGAGGCUGGGAAGAGCUGCAGCUCCAGCCCCAUGCUGCCCAUGGCUGAGGAGCCCCAGCACGAGCAGGGCUACCGGAUCUUCCAGGACGUGUGCCCGACGCGGCCGCUCUUCCGAGAGAGCCAGCAGAUCGCAGUCUGACAGUCUGAGCCUGCUCCUCCUGCUGGGCUCAGCACACCAUCAGUCCCAUCAGUCCCUUUUCACCCCCACCUUUUUUAUUUUUUUUAAUUUUUUUUUAAUUUUUUUUUUUUUUUUUUUGGCUCAUGAAAGCUGAGCUUCGUUCUUUGCCGUUUCCAGUGGUUCGAUGUUCAGUGUUUGUCCUCCAAGCAAUUUAUGAUAAAAGAUAAAAGUGACUUUUCUAGUGCCAGGACUGUCUGUAGCUCAUGAGGGGACAAGGAAGGUCAGGGCUGGCUUUGCUUUGUGUUGCCUUUGUUAAUGGCCAGUCAAGCAGAACCAAAAAUCAACAGCUGUAACCACCUGCCCCAACAAUCUGCAGCUCAGACCUUGCUGAGAGAAGCAGUUUGAUAGGAGGGGACUCUUGGAAAAGCCUUAGAAUGCUCAAAUUUAGGAAAUGAUAUCCAGGAAUCAGCUUUCCCCCUUCAAAGAGCCCUGCUGAUGGAAGGCAGGGUGUGCCUCUUGAAGAGAACUCCUGAAAUUCCUCUUUAUUUUUGCUGUGAGAUUUAUGUGUUUCUCUUUCAUGCCAAAGUGGAUUGAAAUUUGCAAACCAAUGCAGAGAUCCUAUGUGUAAAUAUUGAAUAUGAAAACUUAAUAGGAAUCUUAAUUUUUCCUGACCAGAGCCAGAGUUUAUAUAAAUAUAGAGAAUUCUAAUUUUUCAAGAUUUGCAGCAGUGUGAGUAGCUUGGCUCACCCUCCCAAACACACGUGUGGGGCUCUCCCAAGCGUGUCCAGGCAGCAUCAUCCAUGUGUAAAUCCUCAUUUUCACAGCCCCUGUGUGUGCCCCCAGCUCUGGGGAGCUGCUGGUGCCUCCCAGAGCAGGACUGCACACCUGUGUGUGCCACCAAAGCUGCCUAUUUAUUGUGUGCCUAAGGUUUAUUCAUUUUUUUGGGGUAAAUUUUUAUAUCUCCCUGCAAUUAAAGUGCUAUGUUUUGUA